CUUAUAAAUUUGCUUUGAUUGCUGAAUUAUUCGGAUUUGGAAUAACAUGAUUAACACCUGGUUGCGUUGCCAUAUUGUUUAAAUCUGUCUGGUUGUUUUUACCGAAACAUUUGUACCAGCGGAUAAUCAGAUUCCAAACAACUUGCUGAGGCCGCAAUUCCUGAGCAGAUCUUAAAAUGUAAACUAAACAAGACAGUGCCUGAACUUAGUUGUUUCAACACGCAUAUUAAACGACAGCUUUCUGUAUCCCACCAGUCGUUCCCCUCUGAGACACUACCUCUAUUUUUGCACUUUUCACAAAUAGUAAACUGUACAAUCCUUCCUUUCUUCCUUCUUUUCUCUCUUUCUUUCUUUCUUUCUCAUAAAUGAUUGUACCUGACAGGAUCAUGGGAUGGAACAUAAUAUGCAUCUUAGCAUGACCUCUUUCUCUGGCUGGGCGCAAACGUCCUUCAGAGAAUGGAGGUGAUUGAUUUAAUUCUUCGCCAUGUUCUACGUAACUUUGUAUGAAUCCUAGAACAUUGAAGAGACCGUUAAUGAACAUAAUUAUAUUUAAUCCUCCGAUGGUUUUCAAAUUUGAAUCGUGGUCCGAAAACUGUCGAAUUAUUUCGAGCUCACUUAUACACCUCCUCCCCUCCCCACCCCCAUCCCCAAUCCACGCCCAUUGCUAUCGUUUUGCCUAAUUUGGUUAAAAGUAUAGACAAUUCGUGCAUCAAUUCCAGUACCCUCGCUGAAACAGAAACUGAGGAAGUGGAAUGAAUAACCUAUUUCCUCUGGAUAAGUAGAACGGCUGCCGGGCGAGAGCCACACGAUCGUCUCACCGAGUUGAGCUGCAGCUAUUCGCUGUUCUUUGAUCAGAUGUUUCUUCAUGUCUCUGGUGUACUCUUGCCGUGAAAUGCAGCACCUGGGGAUAUUCGUGCUGAUUCUACACGUUUCUUUGUCCUCGACAAUUCGAUCCACGGUACAACCUUCCAAUCAAAAUGCUACAGUUGAUGCACAGAAUGAAAAAGAUUUCAGAGAUCUGAGGUUGGUGGGGCAGCUUGCACCAUGCAUCGGAAAAUUGGAAAUUUAUUACCGAGGUCAGUGGAACUCUGUUUGUAGUGGUGUGUUGGAUUCAGCUGCUGGGAAAGUCAUCUGCAAACAGAUUUUGUGCAGUUCAUUUCAUACAUUAACAACUAGCCCAAACCCGCAAGAAACAGGUCCUAUUUUACUGGAUAGAAUUCAGUGCAAUGGAACAGAAUCUUCAUUGUGGGAUUGUUCAUUCACAACGUCCAGCCAGCAGACCUGCGAAACUGGGACAAGUGCAGUCAUCUUCUGUAAAGUGCAGCAAAGUGCAAUUCUCCAGGGUGGAGGUAGCCCAUGUGCUGGGACAGUUCAAGCCCGUAGCUUCGGUGUUUGGAACAUUAUCUGCGGUCGCAUGUGGGAUUUGAAUGAUGCUCAUGUUUUAUGUAAAUACCUGGGAUGUGGUGAUGCUCUAUCUGCAUCAGGGAAUUCUCAGUUUGCGGUUGGCAAUUGGCCUGUGCUGAACUUUGAAAUUGGCUGCAAAGGCAGCGAGGAAGAUCCCUGGAAGUGUGAAUUGAAGCAGCUGGCUCACAAUAACUGUUCCAGAGAAGUGGAAGCAGCUGGUGUGGUAUGUUCAGGUCACAAGCAGCCAAGAUUGGUUGGUGGAGUGGAUGAAUGUUCUGGAAGGUUGGAGAUACAGAAAGGAAUGACAUGGGGGACUGUGUGCUACUCACAUUGGGAUUCACUGGAUGCCCGUGUGGUUUGCACAUCAUUGAAAUGUGGGGAAGUGAUAUCAGUACUCAGCGGGGCUCAAUUUGGAGAAGGCAGUGGUCCUAUAUGGCAGGAUGUCUAUGAAUGUCAGGGUAAUGAGACAGUUAUCUGGGACUGCCCCAUUACAUCAAGUAAUCAAAGGAACUGCACACACAGCCAUGAUGUCAGUAUAAUUUGUUCUGGUCAAAAGGGACCACGGUUAGUUGGUGGUGAUAAUACCUGUUCAGGAAGAGUGGAAAUACUGAUGGGUGAUACUUGGGGCACAGUUUGCGACACCUACUGGGAUUUACAGAACGCAAACGUUGUCUGCAAUCAGCUUGGCUGUGGGACUGCGAUAUCAACUCCUGGUGGUGCAUUGUUUGGAGAGGGAGAUGGUUUGAUAUGGAUGCAUAUCAUUGAAUGUAAUGGCAAUGAAAUGCGUUUGACAGAUUGCCCCUUUGUAUCCUGGGGGCAACAUCGGUGCACACACAGAAAUGAUGCUGGUGUCAUCUGCUCAGGUGAAGAUUGGCAGUUACGAUUGGCGAACGGAGAGAGUAUUUGCGAAGGCCUUGUGGAGGUUUAUUAUGACGGUGUUUGGGGGAGAGUGAUUGACACUCAGUGGAAUUUCAAUGAAGCAGAAGUGGUGUGCAGACAGCUGAAAUGUGGCUCUGCAAUAAGCAUUUACAACCAAUUGAAGUUUGGGAAAGGCACCGGACCGACCUGGAUCAGUAAUGUCAGGUGCAACGGAAGUGAACCCUUCCUUUGGAAUUGCACUUUUACAAAAACGGAGCAGUCAUCAAUUGGAGAUGACGUGGGAGUGGUGUGCUCUGAUCAUAUUCAGAUAAGAUUGGUGGAUGGUGGAAAUCGCUGUGCUGGAAGGGUGGAGCUUUAUUCCAAUGGAACUUGGGGAACAGUGUGUGAUGACUCCUGGGAUUUAACAGAUGCCCAAGUUGUCUGUAACCAGCUGAAGUGCGGACAGGCUUUAAAUGCAACAAUUUCCGGUUGGUUUGGUCCAGGCUUGGGGCCUAUUUGGUUAGAUAAUGUGAACUGCAGCAUGAAUGAGUCUGUUUUAUGGGAAUGUCUGGCUGGGCCAUGGAGUGAGAGCGACUGCAAUCAUAAAGAAGAUGCUGGAGUUAUCUGCUUGGAACUAAGUCCAAGGAAAAUACACAAUCAGAGGGAUUCAAAGAAAAGUGAAAUCCGACCUGUUCCAGAACAUUUAGAGUUACGGCUAACUGCAGGAUUUGAUAAUUGUUCCGGAAGAGUUGAAAUAUUCUUCAGCGGUACAUGGGGAACAGUUUGUGAUGAUUCCUGGGAUAAACAGGAUGCUGCUGUUGUCUGUCAGCAAUUAAAUUGUGGUGGCCCAAUUUGGACUGUGGGAGGAAUGAUAUUCGACCAAGGUAAUGGCACAAUUUGGAUGGAUGAGGUUAAAUGCAAAGGAACUGAAUUAUUCCUGUGGGACUGCCAAUUGUCAGCUAUGGGCGAUCACGACUGUGAUCAUAAAGAGGAUGUCAAUGUGAUAUGUUCUGGCCAGCAGAAACUCAUAGCACCUUUCAACCAGGAAAGCCCCCCUACUUUCAUCAUCCCUUCCAUUCUUGUUAUUCUUUUGAUUGCUGUCUCACUUGCUUUGGCUGCAGAAUUACAGAGAAGCUUCCAGAAAGCCAACAAAAACAGAAAUUUUGACCCAGUUUAUGAAGAGAUUAAAGCUCAGGACAUUGGUGCAGGGCCAGAUUUGUUUCCUCCAUCUGAUGCUGAACUUGAAAGGGAAUAUGAUGAAAUUCAAAUCACUCGUACAUCCUUGAUCAGGUUUUCCUUCAUAUCACUUGAACACUGUCGCCGUGAAAUGCAUCGCUUGGGGGUUUUUGUUCUGAUUGUGCACGUUUCAAUGGAGCUCAGAAACCCCACAUUGUUGGGGCCACACGCGCCAUGUGGUGGGAUAUUGAAGGUUUAUGACCGAGGUCAAUGGAAGUCCGUUUGUAGUAAUUCGUGGGAUUCAGCUGCUGGAGAGGUUGUCUGCAAGCAAAUUGGCUGUGAGUUUUAUCUCUCAGGACAGGUACAUCCCAUCCCACAUGGACCUGCCUUCCUGGAUAAGAUUCAGUGCAAAGGAACAGAAUCUUCAUUGUCGGAGUGUGCGCUCAGUCCUUCCGGCCAGCAGAAGUGCGAUACUGAGAUGAGUGUCAUCGUCAUCUGCAACGGGGCAGUGCAGCAAAACCUGAUUCUUGGAGAUGGAGGGAGCCCGUGUGCUGGGAGACUUCAAGUUUACCUCCUUUUUGCAUGGCAUCAUAUCUGUGGUCAAACAUGGGACAUGAAUGACGCUCGUGUUUUGUGUAAAUACCUCAGAUGUGGCGAAGCUGUAUCAGCAUCAGCAUCUCAGUUUGGAGAUCGCAAUUUGCCCAUACUAAACCUUGAAAUUGGCUGCAAGGGCAGUGAGAAUAAUCCUUGGGAUUGUGAAAUUACUCCUGUAUUUAACAGAAGGUGUUCGAGAGAAGUGGAACCAGCUGGUGUCAUAUGUUCAGGUCACAAGCAGCCAAGGCUUAUUGGUGGAGCAGGUAGAUGCGCUGGAAGAUUGGAGAUCCAGAAAGGAAUGACCUGGGGGACUGUGUGUGAUUCACACUGGGAUACACUGGAUGCCAAUGUUGUGUGCACAUCACUCGAAUGUGGAGAAGUUGUAACAGUACGGAGAGGAGCUCAGUUUGGAGAGGGCAGUGGUCCCAUAUGGCAAGAUGUCUAUGAAUGCCAGGGAACUGAGACCAUUCUCUGGUCUUGCCCUACGACACAAAUCAAUCAAAAGAAUUGCACGCACAGACAUGAUGUCAGUAUUAUUUGUUCUGGAAAAAGGAGACCACGGUUAAUUGGUGGCAAUGAUACCUGCUCAGGAAGAGUGGAGAUAAUGUUUGAUGAUACCUGGAACACAGUAUGUGAUACCUAUUGGGAUUUACAAGAUGCAGCUGUGGUCUGCAAUCAACUUGGUUGUGGGGCUGCGAUUUCAACUCCAGGAGGUGCAUACUUUGGAGAGGGAAAUGGGCCAGUAUGGAAUUAUAUCCACGUUUGCACUGGCAAUGAAAUCCGUUUGACUGACUGCCCAAUUGCAUCCAGGGGCCACCGUGAGUGCACACACAGAAAUGAUGCUAGUGUCAUCUGUUCAGGUGAAGAUUGGCAGUUACGAUUGGCGAACGGAGAGGGCAUUUGUGAAGGCCGUGUAGAGGUUUAUUAUGACGGUGUCUGGGGGAGAGUGACUGACACUCAGUGGAAUUUCAAUGAAGCAGAAGUGGUGUGCAGACAGCUGAAAUGUGGCUCUGCAAUAAGCAUUUACAACCAAUUGAAAUUUGGGAAAGGCACCGGACCGACCUUAAUCAGUAAUGUCAGGUGCAAUGGAAGUGAACCCUUCCUUUGGAAUUGCACUUUUACAAAAUCGGAGCAGUCAUCAAUUGGAGAUGACGUGGGAGUGGUGUGCUCUGGUAUGACCUCUUUUAUUUCCUCAGAUCUAACCAUUGUCCUCCUGCUAGCAAUUGGAUAA